AUUUAACAAAUUUAACAUAGUUAACACUACUCAGUCGCUCUUUAUACACUGUUCCAUCACAAUGUAUACAUUUAUUUUAAUCUGUUUAUUUCUAGCAAAUACUGUAAAAUCGGAGGUGAAUGGAAAAUACUGUGAAGGUUUUAAGACAGACUUCGAUAUAAAGAAAGCGAUUGGACGUUGGCACGUUGUGGCUGUUAUACCAGACACCAACUUUUCCAACAAGUUCGAUAAUGUGACGUGCUAUAGAGUGGACUUCAGUGAAGUUGAUGAGGCAAGCCUCAAAUGGAUGAUAACGCAACGGCUCGGUCGUCCAACAGAACAGCUCAUGGACAGUGAGCAAGGUGAAGUUAUACGCCUGCGAUACCAUACAGAACAGCCUUUUGACAUCUGGUCAAAGUCAGUGCGUGAUCUGAAGGGAUGCUACAGACAACUGAUCGAUUUGAAAAACAACGAAACCGAUAUACAUCUGGCAAAUACAUUGGACUCGCCCAUGUUGCUGCAUUUACUGGAGACUGGAAACGGGCCAUUUCUCCUCCAAAUGCUCUGGGGACGACUAGCCGCUGUCAUCUAUCGAAGAGAACCGGGUGUAACGAUUGAAAAACUCCGGCAAGUGACUGAGUUUUUAUCGCUCUAUCGGGGAACAGCGGAACGGCCAAAGCUCUGCGGCUCAACACAGUUUACAACUAAAAGACCAGAGCCAAUUCCAGUUACUAUAAAGUCUAAAAUUUUAGAAUAAUUGCAUUGGAUAUCGCAACACUAUUAUUUGGUUUCACUUCUUAUUAUUUUUAUUUCAUUUCAUUUCUUACAUUAUAUUUUUGUUUUUGUAUUUAAUUGACGAAAUACAAUAUGUCAACUAUAUACGUUGCGUUGCUUACUUUCGCAAUAACAUAUUAUUCUUAGACAAUCGAUUUAAAACAAUAUAUCUUGUUUAAAGAGUUAUUUACGAUGUUGUAUGCAGUUAAUAACAAAUUGUGGUCUAGCACGAACCUAAUACUGCACACACGAUAUCCAGCUAAAUUAAUUUUGUAUUUAAAGUCUAAAUAAAUAUUAUUUUCACUUCUUCAUUAUAUAUUAUAUUUUGUACAUCAUUUAAA